AUGAACGGUGAGCAAACAACUCCGAUUGCUGUUACAUGGGGUGUUUUCCCUGGAUCGGAAAUCGCCCAACCGACAGUUGUGGAUCCCUUGGCGUUCCGUGCGUGGAAGGACGAAGCGUAUGAUGCAUGGAUCAAGAACUGGGCUACCAUUUAUCCAAAGGAUUCAGUAUCGCGCAAGGUUAUUCAAAAGAUUCAUGACGAGUUCUUCCUACUCAACUUGGUGGACAAUGACUUCCAAAAGCCUGUAAUUAUUUACGAGGUAUUAGAGAGAAUGCUUAAAAGAACUGAGGAGACGUGUGGUUCUGCUCAGAAUCGCUAG